UGGGAGCACUGCAGCCCCGCCCGCUGCGGCCCGGCUCGAUCGCUGGAUCGCUGGAUUCCUGGAUCGGCGGCCGGGCGUUCUGCGAUCUUCCCUGCGCCGCGGAGCCGUGUUGCGCAGAGGCAUUGGGGCAGCGAGAGCGGCCAGGAGCGGCGAGUCGUAGCCGGAGCCAGAGAGAAAGCCUGAUCGGCGAUCGGCGGCGGGGAUCUGCCGGCGGUGUUGCGGUGCCGGCGGUGCGGCGGCGGAGAUGUGCGCGGCGGGGAGGCGCUGGGGCCGGCGGCAGCGAGUGCUGCUCUGGGGCGUCCUGCUGGCGGCCUGGGAGGCGGCGUGGGGGCAGCUGCGCUACUCGGUGCCCGAGGAGAUGCCCAAGGGCUCGUUCGUGGGCGACGUGGCCAAGGACCUGAGACUGCAGCUGCCGGAGGUCCCAGGUCGUGGCGUCCGCAUCAUAGACAGAGGUAGGAGGCAGUAUUUUGCUUUGAACGGGAAGACGGGACAUUUAGUGACAGCCGAGAGGAUCGACAGAGAGCAGCUGUGCCGGUUGGUGGAGCAAUGCGUGCUGCGCUGUGAGCUGAUAGUGGAGGGGGAAAUGAAGGUUUAUGAAAUCGAAGUAGAAAUCACGGACAUUAAUGACAAUGCGCCCAGCUUCCGAGAAGCAGAAAUUGAACUCCAAAUGAGCGAGACGACAGCCCCGGGGUCGCGGUUUCUACUUCCCAGGGCUCACGACCCGGACUCGGGACAGAAUUCCCUGCAGAACUACGAGCUGAGCGGCGACGAGCACUUCUCGCUGGCCGUGCAGACGGGCCCUGGUGGGGACGAUAAUCCCGAGCUGGUGCUGGCGAAGGCGCUGGACCGGGAGGAGGCGGCGUUCCACGAGCUGGUGCUGAGGGCGAGCGACGGCGGCGAGCCGUCCCGGACGGGCACGGCGCGGAUCCGCGUGACGGUGCUGGACGCGAACGACAACGCGCCCGUGUUCAGCCAGGCGGAGUACACGGUGCGUGUGCCGGAGGACGUGCCCGUGGGCUCCACCCUCGUCACCGUCACAGCCAAUGAUGUCGAUGAGGGUCACUACGGCACUGUGAAAUAUUCGAUGAAGAAAGCGACGGACAUGGCAUCGGAUAUAUUCCACCUGGACCCUGAGACAGGAGACAUCACGAUAUUGCGGAGCCUGGACUUUGAGGAAGGCGAUUCCUACGAAUUGAAAGUUCAGGCACAUGAUGGUGGAGCACUUUUCGAUACGACAAAAGUCGCAAUCACCGUGAUAGAUGUAAACGAUAACGCGCCCGAACUGACAGUGACGUCGGCACUGAAUGAGAUUUCUGAGGACGCCCCACUGGGGACGGUUGUAGCCCUGCUGCACGUGCAGGACCAGGACUCGGGGGCCAACGGCGAGGUGCGCUGCUCGCUAGAGGGGAGCGUCCCCUUCCGGCUGGAGAAGUCUUUGGAGGGCUACUACCGCGUGGUGACAGCGAGAGAGCUGGACCGGGAGCAGGAGUGGGAGUACAACGUGACGGUGCGGGCGGCCGACGGCGGUCGUCCGUCGCUGCAGAGCAGCAGGGUGCUGUGUCUGCGGGUGCUGGACGUGAACGACAACGCGCCGGUGUUCUUGCAGGAGCGCUACAGCGCUCGGCUGCGGGAGAACAACGUGGCGGGCGCGCUGGUGCUGCGGGUGCGGGCGACGGACUCGGACUGGGGGGAGAACGCGCGCGUGCGGUACCGUCUGGGGGAGGGCGGUGUGCGGGGCUCGGCGCUGUCGUCGUACGUGUCGGUGCAGGCGGAGACGGGCGCGCUGUACGCGCUGCGCUCGUUCGAUUACGAGCAGGUGCGCGAGGUGGGGCUGUGGGUUUGGGCGGAGGACGGCGGCUCGCCGGCGCUGAGCAGCAACGUGUCGGUGCGGCUGGUGAUCGUGGACGAGAACGACAACGCGCCGCAGGUGCUGUACCCGCCGGCGGCGGCGGCGGCGGCGUCGGGCUCGGGCUGGGCGGGCGUGGAGCUGGCGGCGCGGUCGAGCGAGGCCGGCGCGCUGGUGGCCAAGGUGGUGGCGGUGGACGCGGACGCGGGUCAGAACGCGUGGCUGUCGUACGAGCUGGCCAAGGCGACGGAGCCGGGGCUGUUCCGCGUGGGGCUGCGCAGCGGCGAGGUGCGCACGGCGCGCUCGCCACUGGCCCGCGACGCGGCGCGCCAGAGCCUGGUGGUGCUGGUCAAGGACCACGGGCGGCCGGCGCUGUCGGCCACGGCCACGCUGAGCGUGGUGCUGGCCGACAGCGUGGCCGAGCUGCUGGCCGAGCUGGGCAGCGCGGCGCGGGCCGAGGCGGAGGCGGGGGCGGCCGAGGCGGGCGGCAGCCUGACGCGCUGGCUGGUGCUGGCCGUGGCCGCCGUGUCGUGCCUCUUCGUCGCCUUCCUGCUGCUGCUGCUGGCGCUGCGCCUGCGGCGCUGGCGGCGCUCGCAGCAGCAGCUGCUGGCGGCGGCCAGCGGCGCCUUGCGCGGCGUGCCGGCCACGCACUUCGUGGGCAUCGACGGCGUGCGCGCCUUCCUGCACUCCUACUCGCACGACGUGUCUCUCACGGACGACUCGCGCAAGAGCCACCUCCGCUUCUCGACCGACAGCUGCUGCCACACCCUGCCGGCCCGGCCGCCGCCCGACGAGCCCGCGCCGCUGCUCGGAGACCAGGAACCUGCUGGUGACCGCCCCGCGGACCCCGCCCCUCCCCCGUUAUAUGUGGAAAUGUUAAGCCCCAGCAGGGCCCAAAGUCGGUCCCCGCUGGUGGCGGGCGUGAGGCGGCUGCAGUGUUGUGUCGGCGCCUCCGGGUGCCGCUGUUGGCCGCCGGCGAGCGUUGCCGGAGCCGCGGCGGCGGCCGGCGGUGCGUCCUGUCCCCGGCGGCUGCUGGCUCGUCCGGGCAGUGCGGGCCAGAGCGGCAGCGGCCCGGGCAGCAGAGGCGAGAGGCGGCGCGGCGCGGGCAGCAGAGGCGUCCGAGUUGGAGGCGGCGGCGGGCUGGGUGCGCUUUGUCGGGCGCUGCGGCGGCCGCGCGGAGCGGCUGCGAGGGAGGCAGGGCAGCGGCAGGAGCCUGGCGAGCUUGGCGAGCGAGCGCCGUGGGCAAUGUCGGGCGGGCGGAGGGCGAGCGGCGGGCCGGGCGGCGGGCGAGCGCUGGUGCUGGGCGCUGUGCUGCUGGGCCUGUGCUGGCGGGCGGCGGCGGAGCGGCUCCGCUACUCCAUGGCCGAGGAGCUGCCCAGAGGCUCGCUGGUGGGGCCGCUGGCCCGGGACCUGGGGCUCAGCGCCCACGAGCUGCCGGCGCGCAAGCUGCAGGUGGCGUCUGCCGGCAAAAAGCAGCUGAAAUACUUCACGGUGAGCGAGGAGAACGGGAACCUCUACGUGAGCGAGAGGCUGGACCGGGAGGAGCUGUGCGGCGAGUCGUUGUCCUGCUCGGUCAGCUUCGAGGCGCUGGUACACAACCCGCUCAACGUCUUCCGUGUCGAAGUGGCCAUUGAGGACGUGAAUGACAACUCCCCGGUCUUCAGCAAGGAUGCCCUGGACCUCGAGAUCGGUGAAUGGACGGUUCCAGGUGCUCGUUUUCCUGUGGAGAUGGCCCAAGAUGCGGACGUGGGAAGUAAUUCCCUGAUUACUUAUCAACUCAGCAGCAACCCGUCCUUCAGUCUGGCCGUGAAGGAGAUCACGAGUGGAAAGAAGCAGCCGGAAUUAGUGCUGGAGAGAGCGUUAGACAGAGAGAAGCAGAGCUCCUUUGAGUUGGUGCUGACGGCAGUGGAUGGCGGAGACCCCGCGAGGUCCGGGACUGUCCAGGUUCGUGUUAACGUGACGGACUUAAACGACAACCCGCCCGUGUUCAGCAAAAGCAUCUACGAGGCGCGAGUGGCGGAGAAUCUGCCGGCGGGGUCGCUGGUACUGCAGGUGCGGGCUACGGAUGCGGACGCGGGGUCCAAUGGGCGGGUCUCCUACUCCUUUGUCAACGUCCUGGCCGGGAUCCGCGAGUUGUUCUCUAUCGACAAAGAGAGUGGUGAGAUCAGGACCGAGAGGCCCCUCGAUUUCGAGGAGAUAAAUAAAUACAGCUUGGGUUUGGAAGCAAGGGACGGGGGCGGACUCACUGGUCAUUGUGAAGUGCAGAUAGACGUCAUAGACGAGAACGACAACGCGCCCGAGAUCACCAUUCUGUCACUGUCGAGCCCCGUGCCCGAGGACGCGCCGGUCGGCACCGUGGUGGCCCUGCUGAACGUGAACGACCCCGACUCCGGCGAGAACGGUGAGGUGUCGUGCGAGUUGUCGGGAGAGGCGCCGCUGUCGCUCGUGGCGUCGUCGGGCGGCUCGUCGAAGGUGGUGACGGCGAGCGCGCUGGACCGCGAGCAGGCGUGCGAGCACCGCGUGACGGUGGUGGCCCGGGACCGGGGCAGCCCGUCGCUGUGGAGCAGCAGGGAGCUGGUGCUGGAGGUGUCGGACGUGAACGACAACGCGCCGGUGUUCGAGGAGGCGUCGUACAGCGCCGCGGGCGCGGCGGGCGCGGCGCCGCUGGUGUCGGUGGAGGCGCGGAGCGGCGCGGUGUACGCGCAGCGCUCGUUGGACUACGAGCAGUGCCGCGAGUUCGCGGUGGCCGUGCGGGCGCAGGACGGCGGGUCGCCGGCGCGCAGCUCGACGGCCACGGUGCGCGUCUUCGUGCUCGACCAGAACGACAACGCGCCGCGGGUGCUCUACCCGCCGCCGGCGGCGGGAGCGGCGUCGCCGGGCUCGGCGGGUUCGGCCUUCGAGGUGGUGCCGCGUUCGGCGUCGGCCGGCUACCUGGUGGGCAAGGUGGUGGCGGUGGACGCGGACGCGGGGCGCAACGCGUGGCUGUCGUACGAGCUGGUGCAGGCGUCGGAGCCGGCGCUGUUCCGCGUGGGGCUGCAGAGCGGCGAGGUGCGCACGGCGCGGGCCGUGUCGGAGAGGGACGCGGCCAAGCAGCGCCUGGUGGCCGUGGUGAAGGACCACGGCGAGCCGGCGCUGUCGGCCACGGCCACGCUGCACGUGGUGCUGGCCGAGAGCUUGCAGGAGGCGCUGCCGGAGCUGAGCGAGCGGGCGGCGGGCGCCGAGGCGGCGGGCGAGCUGCAGUUCUGGCUGGUGCUGGCGCUGGCGCUGCUGUCGGCGCUCUUGGUGCUGAGCGUGGCGCUGUUGGUGCUGGCGCGGCUGCGGCGGGCCGGGCCGCCCGCCGUGCUGCGCUGCCUGGGCGCGCAGCGCUUGUCGCUGGCCGGCGCCGCCUUCCCGGCCGACUUCUGCGAGGGCACCUUGCCCUACUCCUACAACCUGUGCGUGGCGGCUUCGCCCCGCGCCGCCGCCGAGGCCGCUUGGCCGCCGCCGCCGCUGCCCAUCGUGCCCGCGGAGGAGCUUGUGGCCGGGGAGCCCCGCGAGAAGCCGAGUCCGAGCAGCAGCGCCGUCGUGGGAGAGCCGCCCACCGACCCCAAUGUACCACAGCCAUUAGCAAGACAUUUUCCCCGUGCGGUAGAAGCACUAAGCACACGGGAGUACUCUGCCUUCGCAUCGGUAGUGAUCAAAGAAGAGAUAGGCUGGAGAAACGAAAAGGCAGGAAAGCCCGGCUACGUAGGAUGCGAAUUCAGUGCUCUCGCCGCGAGCUGCCCGUGGACAAGGCAGUGCGGGCGGCGCUCGGUGCGUGCAGUGCCGGGAGGAGGCUGCGGGCGCCGCUGUUGACCGAGAGGAGCGAGAGGAAGUGGGAGCGCUGCAGCCCCGCCCGCUGCGGCCCGGCUCGAUCGCUGGAUCGCUGGAUUCCUGAGUCGGGAAGAGGUCUGUUUCCGAUCGUCCCGGCGGUGCGGAGCCGAGAUACAGCGAGGCGGAGGGGUGAGCGACAGCAGCUUAGAGCGGCAAGUCGUGCCGGAGCGGGAGCCGAAUCGGGGAUCGGCGGCGGGGAUCUACCGGCGGUGUUGCGGUGCCGGCGGUGCGGCGGCGGAGAUGUGCGCGGCGGGGAGGCGCUGGGGCCGGCGGCAGCGAGUGCUGCUCUGGGGCGUCCUGCUGGCGGCCUGGGAGGCGGCGUGGGGGCAGCUGCGCUACUCGGUGCCCGAGGAGAUGCCCAAGGGCUCGUUCGUGGGCGACGUGGCCAACGACCUGGGGCUGCAGAUGCCAGAGCUCGGAGAUGGCGGCGUCCGCAUCAUAGACAGAGGUAGGAGGCAGUAUUUUGCUCUGCACGGGAAGACGGGACAUUUAGUGACGGCCGAGAGGAUCGACAGAGAACAGCUGUGCCGGUUGGUGGAGCAAUGCGUGCUGAGCUGUGAGCUGAUAGUGGAGGGGGAAAUGAAGGUUUACGGAAUUGAAGUGGAAAUCACGGACAUUAACGACAAUGCGCCCGCCUUCAAGGAUAUUGAGUUGGAACAGAGGAUAAGCGAGACGACAGCCCCGGGAUCGCGUUUUCCGCUGGCCGAGGCUCAUGACCCGGACUUGGGACAGAAUUCCCUGCAGAGCUACGAGCUGAGCGGCGACGAGCACUUCUCACUGGCCGUGCAGACGGGCCCCGGCGGGGAUCAGCGUCCCGAGCUGGUGCUGGCGAAGGCGCUGGACCGGGAGGAGGCGGCGUUCCACGAGCUGGUGCUGAGGGCGAGCGACGGCGGCGAGCCGUCCCGGACGGGCACGGUGCGGAUCCGCGUGACGGUGCUGGACGCGAACGACAACGCGCCCGUGUUCAGCCAGGCGGAGUACACGGUGCGUGUGGCGGAGGACGUGCCCGUGGGCUCCGUGCUCGUCACCGUCACGGCCACCGAUGCCGACGAGGGUCUGAACGGGCAUGUGAAAUACAGUUUCCACAAAAUUACAGACCGAGAGUCAGAACUUUUUCACCUGGACUCUGAGACAGGAGAAAUAACGCUUAAAGAAGAUUUGGAUUUCGAGGAAAUUUCCUCACAUGAAUUGCAGGUGCAGGCACGGGAUGACGGUGGGCUUUCUGACACAUCAAAAGUCAUGAUCACUGUGACAGACAUCAACGACAACGCGCCCGAAGUGACAGUGUCGUCGGCUGUGAGCGAGAUCUCGGAGAAUGCCCCACCCGGGACGGUGGUGGCCCUGCUGCACGUGCAGGACCGCGAUUCCGGGGCCAAUGGCGAGGUGCGCUGCUCUCUCGAUGGGGGCGUCCCAUUCCGGCUGGAGAAAUCCUAUAAGAAUUACUACCGCGUGGUGACGGCGAGAGAGCUGGACCGGGAGCAGGAGUGGGAGUACAACGUGACGGUGCGGGCGGCCGACGGCGGUGGUCCGUCGCUGCAGAGCAGCAGGGUGCUGUGUCUGCGGGUGCUGGACGUGAACGACAACGCGCCGGUGUUCUUGCAGGAGCGCUACAGCGCUCGGCUGCGGGAGAACAACGUGGCGGGCGCGCUGGUGCUGCGGGUGCGGGCGACGGACUCGGACUGGGGGGAGAACGCGCGCGUGCGGUACCGUCUGGGGGAGGGCGGUGUGCGGGGCUCGGCGCUGUCGUCGUACGUGUCGGUGCAGGCGGAGACGGGCGCGCUGUACGCGCUGCGCUCGUUCGAUUACGAGCAGGUGCGCGAGGUGGGGCUGUGGGUUUGGGCGGAGGACGGCGGCUCGCCGGCGCUGAGCAGCAACGUGUCGGUGCGGCUGGUGAUCGUGGACGAGAACGACAACGCGCCGCAGGUGCUGUACCCGCCGGCGGCGGCGGCGGCGGCGUCGGGCUCGGUCCGGGCGGGCGUGGAGCUGGCGGCGCGGUCGAGCGAGGCCGGCGCGCUGGUGGCCAAGGUGGUGGCGGUGGACGCGGACGCGGGUCAGAACGCGUGGCUGUCGUACGAGCUGGCCAAGGCGACGGAGCCGGGGCUGUUCCGCGUGGGGCUGCACAGCGGCGAGGUGCGCACGGCGCGCUCGCCACUGGCCCGCGACGCGGCGCGCCAGAGCCUGGUGGUGCUGGUCAAGGACCACGGGCGGCCGGCGCUGUCGGCCACGGCCACGCUGAGCGUGGUGCUGGCCGACAGCGUGGCCGAGCUGCUGGCCGAGCUGGGCAGCGCGGCGCGGGCCGAGGCGGAGGCGGGGGCGGCCGAGGCGGGCGGCAGCCUGACGCGCUGGCUGGUGCUGGCCGUGGCCGCCGUGUCGUGCCUCUUCGUCGCCUUCCUGCUGCUGCUGCUGGCGCUGCGCCUGCGGCGCUGGCGGCGCUCGCAGCAGCAGCUGCUGGCGGCGGCCAGCGGCGCCUUGCGCGGCGUGCCGGCCACGCACUUCGUGGGCAUCGACGGCGUGCGCGCCUUCCUGCACUCCUACUCGCACGACCUGUCUCUCACGGACGACUCGCGCAAGAGCCACCUCCGCUUCUCGACCGACAGCUGCUGCCACACCCUGCCGGCCCGGCCGCCGCCCGACGAGCCCGCGCCGCUGCUCGGAGACCAGGAACCUGCCGGUGCCCAGCAGGCGGACCCCGCCCCUCUCCCGGUGAGUUCCUCGUAUUGGGGCGUGUCCGUAACGGUUUCUUCUGCCUCUUUUGCCCUUUAUUUUCCGUGA